AUGACUCUCCAGGAACAAAUUAAAUGUGCCAGGGAGAAACUGAAGCCGACCACCACCGUGGUUCUUCUCGAAGAUGGUCAGGAGGCAAUCGAACGUAGAAACCUGGAUGGCGAGUUUGUUCGUGACAUCGUCGAUGCGGAAGUUUCUGAACCGGGAGAAGGUACUUUAGUUGUUUCGAAUCGACGACGGAAGAAGGUUGAACGGAUGCGUCGAAUGGGUUUUGUUGUGGAUCUGCAGCCGGAUCUUCAGAUUGCUCGGAUUUGCCCUGGAGUAUGUUUAGGAAGCCAGGAUGUCGCCGGUGAUCUAACACUUCUCGAAGGCGAGGGUAUCACACAUAUCGUUAAUUGUGCAACUGGGGUCCCCAAUUAUUUCCCCAAAAAGUUCAAAUAUCUUCACCUGGAGGUACUAGAUCUGCCCUGGACCGACAUAAUUCAAAGUUUUGGGGAGGCGCACGAAUUCAUGAAAGAUUGUGUGGAUAGUGGAGGAAAGGUUUUUGUACACUGCAAUGCGGGAAUUUCUCGUGCAGCGUCAUUUGUGAUCUCAUAUUUGAUGGUUCAUCACGCUAUGUCGCUACAACAAGCCAUAGAAGUUGUUAAAAGCGCUAGACCAAAGGUGCGGCCGAACAUGGUCACCACUUAUAAAGUACAAAAUGUGCGAGAUUCGUUCAAUUUGUGGGUAGGAGAACAAUUUCAUUGA